AUGGGCGGGGCCUUCCGCUCCUGGCCGGUGGAUUCCCACCGUCAGUUGGGUAGCGAGGAUUGGCCCCUCGCCGUCGGCUUGGAGGCGGUGCAGCAGCGCUUCCAGCCGGCGCUCGACGACUACCUCGCCGGCCGUCUCGAUGAGGCCGGCUUGGUGGCUGCGACCGAGUGGGAGAGGCGGUGGUACUGGUCUUUCGCGGCGUAUGCGCCCAUUUUCCGGAUCUGCCGCACGCACGGUGUGACGAUGCUGGCGCUCGACAUGGACUCGGAGGACAAGGCCAAGGUGGAGCUGGGCGGCGCCCUCGAGCCGGCCAAGCGGCGCCAGUACGUGCCGGACGGCGAUGGCUUCGAGCGAUUCGGAAGCACGAGGGCCUUCGAGGAGUAUAACGGGGCGGCUAAUGACGUGCUCUUGGCGGAGCUCAAAGGCCUCAAGGACUCCUUCGAUGCCGAACAGAUCGACGAGGAUCAGUUCAAGAUGCUCCGCUCGGAGUGUGUCAAGAAGCACGCGGCAAUCGGCCGCGCCCUCAUGGAACAGGCCAAGCGCUCGGCGCGCGGGGGCGGUCCCCGGCGUGCCGCUCAGAUGGAGGAGGACGACUCGGGACGCUUCCUCAACACCUUUACCUGGGGCCCCUACGGCAUGGCCGUGCAUGGCAUGCCUGACGCCACGAUUUCGGAGGGCGCGGCGAUGAUGCGCUCCACGCUCUGCCACUCCAAGAACCUCAACCCGACCAUUCCGCUCCUGCCCGCUGGAUGGGUGAUUGACAAGUCGGUCAACGGGAAGCCCGGCGGCCAGGGCGUGAUUGGCCAGGGUCGCACCCUCCCGCUGCCACACCCAUGCCAGUGUGAGACGCUCUGA